AUGGAUGUUGCGUUUCAUGAGAAUGAUAUGUACUUUGCCCAUCUCGAGUCUUCACUUCAGGGGGAGAAUCAAACAGAAGUUCAAACUCUUGAUUAUACUAUUCCAAAUAUAGAUAGUGUGAAUGAUUUGGAUUUAAGUGGUGAUGUAUUGGAGACAAGUGGUGAUCACUCACACGAAAACAAUGAUAUGAAUGAAUUGGAACUAAGUGGUGAUGUUGUGGAGACAAGUGGUGAUCAUUCACAUGGAAACAAUGUUGAAAACCGUGAAAGGGACGAGUCGACAUCGCCAGAUAACUCAUUGCCUGAUGGCUUACUGCCAGUUUCCUCACCACUGGACAGUCCUAUGUCGCCAGCUAUCUCACAGUCGAUCUUGAGUCCCAAUAACCAUAAUCAAUCGUCUUCGAUCUUGGAUGCACCACCCCCACCACGUCGUCUCCCUGAUCGCAUCAACCGAGGUAUUCCUAAACCUACUUAUAAAGCCGACCCUAAUUGCAAAACUCGGUAUCCGAUGAGUAAGCCCAACCCUGAGCCUAAUGUGUUAUACCCGUUAAGUAGUUAUGUGUUUACCAAUCACCUGUCAGAAUCAAAUAAGUCAUUUGUGCAUCAAUUAUCUACUGUAUCUAUUCCUAACAAUGUGCAGGAGGCUUUAGCUGAUCCAUGUUGGCAAGCAGCAAUGAAUGAAGAAUUGAAGUCUUUGAAGAAGAAUGCUACCUGGGAAAUCACAGACUUGCCAGCCGGCAAGAAACCUGUGGGAUGCAAAUGGGUCUAUACGAUAAAGUACAAAGCUAAUGGGAUGAUGGAUCGCUUCAAGAAUGGGAAGCUUACUGCACUUAUUGUGUAUGUAGACGAUAUGGUGGUAACGCUAGUAGCUACACCAUUAGAAGAAGGAUUGAAGCUUAGUAUUGAUCCUAAUCAAGUACCAGUUGACAAAGGAAGAUACCAAAGGUUAGUAGGCCGUUUGAUGUAUUUGGCACACACAAGACCGGACCUUGCUUAUGCCUUGAGUGUAGUGAGUCAAUACAUGCAUGAUCCUGGAGAGCAACAUAUGAAAGUUGUGAUGAGAAUAUUACGAUAUUUGAAGGGAAGUCCGGGCAAAGGAAUUUUGUUUAAGAGGAAUAAUCACUUUAGUGUUGAGGGUUAUACUGAUGCAGACUGGGCAGGUUCCAUUGAUGAUAGACGCUCAACAUCAGGUUACUUUACGUUUGUUGGGGGUAACUUGGUUACAUGGAGAAGUAAGAAACAGAAUGUGGUUGCCCGUUCCAGUGCAGAAGCAGAAUACAGAGUACUUGAGGAUACGAACGCGUGGGCACAAGCGGAAUCGAAUUUGGAGUUACGAUAG